UAGAUGCGAUCGAUUUUCAUUCGCUGAUUUAACUCAUUUAUGUUAAGAGUACUUGUGGUAAGAAGAAGCAGUUGUUGCUGUGCAGAGUGACUUUUCUUGAGGUGUAAUCUUUCGUUGGGUCACAUACGUUUUUUAGCAUUGUUUUUGCAUAUUUUACUAUAAGUAUAAAAUAAUUGCAUCAUCUAUUAUAUUCUAUAGUAAAAUUGGAAUUUGAAAAUAUUUUAUUGAGGGUCUUUUAGUGAUAUUUUAUGAUUUACAUCAAGCGUCAUAUCAAAAUGAAUGGUGACAUAUUUCAAAAUCAUGAUUCAACUAAGUGGAUUAACAGUGCUGAGGAUACUUGCAAAAAUCAACAGACCAACCAAUUUCUGAUGUUCUGUGAUGUGAUUUUAAAAUAUGAAAAGUAUAAAUUACCAGCUGAUGAGAUGAAUGACAGUGCCUAUUCUCCUAGUGGUUCAGAUGGGACUAAUGAUAGUUUCUCAAAUGAAAGCAACAGCAGUUUUAAUAGUGGCAAUCUAUCUAGUGAUGACAUGAAAAGUGAAACAGUUGGACAUGAGGAUGAUUCGUGGGACCUUAUCACUUGCCCUUGUAUGAAGCCUUUUGCUGGUCGUCCAAUGAUUGAAUGUUCCAUUUGUCAAAAUUGGCUUCACAUGUCUUGUGCCAAAGUUAGAAAAAACAACAUACCUGACGACUUCAUCUGUUCACUAUGCAGAGAAACCAAAAGCAACAAACGGCGAUCUGAAAGAAUAAAGAGUGACGACAGGGGUUUUGCAAUCUUGCGCUGAAGAUUUGUGUUUUCUGUAAAUAAACAUUUUAGUCAGUUUAUUUCACUUUAUUUUCAAAGCUGCCAUUAAAAUUUUAUACAAAGUUUAUUUGUAUAAAAACAUUUGUACUUAUAAUUUGGAGAGUGACAUGUACAUUCACUUGUACUAAAAUAUAAAAGUGUAGAUAUGCAUAUAAAUGUAUAGAAGUGUAUGUCACCUUCAUUGUUUUAAAAUGUAUGUUUAUUAUGUGAUUGGUUAAGUUACUUGAAAUAUGUUAUGUUUUUAAAGUCUUUCUUAACUGAUUAUUUGGUAGCAAAUAAAUUUUAAUAGAUUUGUUUCUCGAGAUUUGAGGCUGUCAUAUUUCUUUUAUUUUAAGGUUGUGAAAAAAAAUAAAUCUGGUUUAAUCUUGCUGGUCAUGACCUUGUAUUGAUAAUUAACUGGAUUUGUUUAUGAUGAAACUUUCACCAGUGAAGUAUGAGUAAAUGUUUACUCAAAGGUUGCUUAAGUUUUUAAUAGUGGUUAUUUAGUAUGAUUUUACUUGUUUCAAUUCUAAUUAUUAGUUUGUCAAAGAGAAUUUAUCUACAAUACACAAUAUUGUGUGUUCAGUCAUAACAAAGUUUUGAAAUGUUUAACCUUUAGCUUAUGUAUGGUACAAUGAGUGAACCAGAAUAAGAUUUCGACAUGCAGAAGGUUAAUUCUGAAAAUUUAAAUUUUUCUCAAUAUGAACUCAGUAAUAAUAAUAUUUGUAAGAUAGCUAAUUUAAUUUUAAAAUUUAUUUGUUUUUAAAAUUGUAAAAUUUUUAAACUACUUAAAGUAUUGGGUAGUUUUAAUUCACAUUUUCUAAUUGAGUCUGCGUGACAGCCUCUGUUAGUUUAUGUUGAUUUUCAUAAACUUUAAAAACAAUAAAUUCUUUUUUAUAUAACUCUCCCGGUUCAUAUAAAUAUGUAUAAAAUAAGUGAUUUUCAAAAAUUUUAUUUCACCUGUUUAGUUUUGCAAAUAUAUUUGUUUAUAUUGUACAUAUGUAUAUUGGAUAUCUGGAAAGUUUAACUAUCAAAGUUACUUGCUGCCAUUUUAAAUGUGGAUAUAUCAGCUACUUUUCAAAUUUUAGGGUGCUAAUUAUGUCAAAAGUGUAACAAUAAAAAAAGAAAUUACAUUGCUUUGAUAACAUUUCUUAUAUGCGUUGUUGAUGCUAUUUCCUAAAACUAAAUUUUCAAGCCUUCAUUUUGUACCUAUUGAUAAAAUUUUGUUCAAAGAUGUUUUUAGCUUUAUCUUUGGUUGAGUUAAAAAUCUACAGCAAUAACUAUAAUUUUGUUCUUUGAAAGACUUGUUCAAUUUUGUUUUAAAUUUUGAAGAGAACUUUUCAUUUCAUGAUAUUGUGAAUAUUUUUGAAAGCGAAAUAAAUCAAUUUGGAAAUAAAAUGUCAUUAUUUAUCUUAAUACUCAUUGUUGCAUUUUUAGAUUUCAUCAAAUUAGUGUUAAAAACAUCACCCAAAUUUAUCUUUCCAAUAUUGUUUAAAUUAAUUCAAACAAUGAUCCUUAAGACCCUCUUAUCACUUUCCAUAUGGACUUAUUCCACUUUCAGAAAUAAUGCACUGUUGCCCAUUUUAAUAAUGGUUAAUUAAGGUACAUGAUCUUUAAUUAUAACAAUCUGGCCUAACUGUGAUUUAUUGAUUUUAACUCGAACUUAACAUGUGAGGACAGAUCUUGCAAAGAAGCUGCAGUCAAAUGUAUGUUUUUUCAAUGCAACAUUAUUUUAUGUAUGUCUUUCACGAAGUGUUGAUUACUGCCCAUAUUUUCUGCAAGCAUUAUGUAACUUUUUAUUCACAAAGGCUUAUCACUGGGUGCAUAUGUAUUUAGAUUUUGCAUAACAAAAUUUAGCUUUGAGAUGUUAAAUACGAUUUCCAUAGAAUUCCAAUCCUAUUGUUAUCAAAAUUGAAUACAAAAAUUAUAAAGUAUGUGAUUGUUAUAUCUAUAUGAUCUAUUGUACUUGGAAAAUGUUAACAAUGUUGAUGAUGAAAAUGUUAAUUUUAACAGAAAAAAUUAAUUGGAAUACUAUGUGCAUUUGAUGUUGAUCCUUACUUGUUUAUGUGUGUGAAGACAUAAAAACCACCAUAAAUGUUUAUUCUGGCUGAGUGUUAAUCCAAAGAUCCAGUUUGACUGAUAAUAUUCAGUAUGCCUUUAACCAAUUUAGCAAGGAGUUUUAUUUUAGAAGACUAGUGCAGGGAAUUAAAAUUGAGCAAUGACUUGCGUGCAUUUCGAACUCGGGACUAGAAGCCCUCUUAUAAAUAUUAAGAAAAAUCUGGUAAAGAUUGCAUUAUUUAUUUUAAAAAAUUUUUUGGUUCAUCUCUAAAGAGAUUUCCAUAAAAAUAUUCUCAAAAAUAUAUUUGUGAAAAUUAUUUCCAAAAAAUAGGAUGCAAUACUGGUCGAAAGCGGGGACUUUUUGGAACGAAGAGCCAGUAUUGGACCAGCUUGUUUAUGCAGUUUCUCUGCAAAUAAACGCACAUUAUCCAGCUAACAUAUGUGACUGGUUUCGGACUGUGAGGUCUCCCACCCCCUGCAAUGUAGCUGUUCUGUCAAUAAAAGGAAGCAUACAUCCAAAUAAUAUUCUUUUUGUAAUUAGGUGCAAUAGCGAUUUUGUUCAACAUGUAUACACCUGAUCUCAGACUCAUUAAAUUGGUUAAGGGUCCUCUUCAGGAAAAGGAGAUUCUGUUUCCUUGUUAAUUUAUAAAAAGUUGUACAAGUGCACUAUCCUUAUUUAUCAAGUAACUAAUGUUUUUAAAUGUUUCUUUUUAUGCUUUAUUUAUCGAUUUCCUUAAUUAUUUCUGAUCAGAUUUUAAAGUUGAGAAUCUUUUUUUUUUUUCCUUCUCUGUUAUUAAUAGCUUUAAAUGUUUGGAUUUUGGACAUAGACUCUUCAUAAAGAAAUUUUAUGAAAAGUUUUUUAACCUUAAAAUUUGAAAACCAGAUUCAAUCUACCACAUUUUUGGGUAAAAAUAAAUUAAUUUUAAUUAGUUACUUAAUAAAUAGUGAUUAUUUGUUAACAUCUAUUAACCUGGAAGUAGAAGCCCCUUCCUGCUUAAAAGGAUUGAACUAAAAGGAAAAUAUGGAUUUGCAUACAUAAUAUCAAUAUUCUAUUUCUAAUUUUAACUUUUUGUUCAAAAUGGUAUUGUUUUUACAAAGAGAAUGUAUUUGAUUUUUAAGGAUUGACAUUGUUAUUGCUUUGCUGUAAAUAUAUUUUGUCAUUUUCAUGUACGUUAUGUUGUGAGUGAAUCAUUGAAUGAUGCUGUAUUUCUUGCAAUAUUAAAUGUUACUGUAAAAUA